AUGGAUGAUGAUGAUACUUUGAACCUUAAUGAUGCCUUAGAGAAAAUCAGGGAAAGCGUGAAGUUUGUAAAGUCUUCAGAGUCGAGAGAACAAAUGUUUCAGACCUGUGUUGAAACUGUUGGGAGCAAGAAAGAAGUUGGUCUUGUUUUGGAUGUGGCAACGAGGUGGAAUUCAACAUUUAGGAUGUUAUCUAGAGCUCUUCCGUUGAGAGAAGCAUUGCGUAAUCUUUCUGAAGUAGAUCAGAGUUACAAGUGCUUUCCAUCAGAUUUGGAAUGGUCUAGAGGAGCACUCAUCUUGAUGGAUCCAAGGUUGAAGUUCGCUGUCUUGGAAUAUUGUUAUGACACCUUAGAUCCAUUAACAAGCAAGCGGAAAGUCGAUCAUAUCCGAAAGAAGAUAAAAAAGUUGUAUGGUGUAUACAAGAAGGAUCCUAAGAGCACUACUGCAAGCCCUUCAGAAACCAUAUUGGUGAACAGUAUACCUGCUGGAUAUGGGAAGUUUUAUGCAUUAUUUUCUCAAAAUGCGGGAACAAAAAAAUCAGCUUUAGAUGUGUACUUGCCUGAACCGGUUUUAGAUAUGGCUGCCUUUAAGACUUUAGAUGUCUUGAGAUAUUGGAAAAACAAUGUAAUACGGGUUAAAGAGCUGUCCCGCAUGGCGUGUGAUGUUCUUUCAAUUCCCAUUACAACCGUGUCUUAUGAGUUGUCAUUUAGUGCUGGAAGCCGUGUUCUUAGCAAGUUUCAGAGCCGACUUCUUCCAUCAAAUGUACAAGCUCUCAUUUGUGGGAGAAAUUUGCUGUGUGGGUUUGAAAUGACGUGUAAGUUUUCUGAUUUUAUACUUAGCUUGUACACUAGUUUGAUGCUUAACUUAAACAGCUUAAGACUCUAG